GACUCCGGUCUGCUUAAAUCCAAUUCUUGACGCCGGUUGAUGAAUGAUGUUUGUUAUUUGAUAUUUGGUAUUGCUGAUUGAAACUGGUUUAAUGAUCUCGAAUUUGUGCUGAGUAAUUGUGUUAAGUGCCCAUAUAGAAGUAAAAGAAUUCAUCUUAAAGAUGAAAGCAAGCAAUUUAGAAUCGAAACAUAUUCUGCACAGUGGGAUUUCUCAUCCGGUUUUUAGAUUGUUACAAACUCCAAACGUCGAAAUUUCUCCACAUAAUUUAAUGUAUCCGCUGUUCAUCGGGAGCGGCCGAGAGGUGGAGGAAAUGAAGAGCAUGCCCGGAGUACACAAGUACAGCAUUCACAACCUGCGCCCUAGUCUGGAGCCCCUGGUGGCCAAGGGGCUACGCAUGGUGCUGUUGUUCGGCAUCUCCGGCUCCUUGCCCAAGGAUAAAAUUGGCAGAAAUGCAGACUCAGCACAAAACCCUGUGAUCCAGUUGCUACCAAAAUUGAGGUUAUGGUUUCCAGACCUUGUCAUAGCUACAGAUGUUUGCUUGUGUCCGUACACAGACCAUGGGCACUGCGGCAUCAUGAACAGCGACGGCACCAUUGAUAAUGAUGCUAGCAUUGCAAGAAUCGCUGAGAUAGCUCUGGCAUAUGCUAAAGCUGGAGCCCACAUAGUCGCUCCCUCCGACAUGAUGGACGGUCGUAUCGGUGCCAUCAAGUCAGCGUUACGAGGUUCUGGCUUGGGCAGCAAAGUGUGCGUGCUCUCGUACUCAGCCAAGUUUGCAUCCGGCUUCUACGGACCCUUUCGGGAUGUCACCAAGUCAGCCCCACAGUUCAGCGACCGCAAGUGCUACCAGUUGCCGCCGGGGAGUCGCGGUCUGGCUGCUCGGGCCACAAAGCGUGACGUUGAGGAAGGUUGUGACAUGCUGAUGGUGAAGCCAGGACUUGCGUACCUGGAUAUUGUGAAGCAGACCAAGGAUGCUUAUCCAGAGUAUCCACUUUUUGUUUAUCAGGUGUCCGGGGAGUAUGCGAUGCUGCACCACGCGGCACAAGCAGGGGCUCUGGACCUAGGUGCGGUACUGGACGAGGUGCUGCUGUCCAUGAGGAGGGCAGGAGCGGACUGCAUAAUCACGUACUUCACUCCUCUGAUCCUGGACAGACUGCAUCCCCGAUCCAAGUACUGACUCGUCUCUGGGAAGCAACAGCAGCAUUUCUUAGGUGUUAGUUCUCGGUCUACAGUACUUAAGUGUUCUAUGUGUUUCCUGUUCGUCAACUGGAGGAUACAUUUUGUACAUUUAUAAAAUAAAUAUUUCUUGUUUUAACUAUUA